AGUUUGUAUUCCCCUUACCCGCCGAGGUGCAUCUACCUUUCGUCUCUCCAUUUUUAUUAUUUAUCCCUCCCUCGCACACCCACCUUACGCGAGUGCCACGACACAAUUCCCCGCAGCAAAAGACAAUAGCAAGACAACAAAAAGAACAACAAUAUCAACCGCAAUAAGAGCACUAAGCACUCUUAUUCUUAUUAUUCAUUUCUAUCAUCGCAAUCAUGACUGACGAGGUGACACAGGAAGUCCAGUUCGAGAACGGCCACCCCGCCUUCUCGUACGACCACGUCUACCGCUGCUUCAAGGGCGACAGCAACGGCCUGCUCUUCCGUCUUGUGAACGACACAAACCACAAGUGGGCCUUCUACAACGACACGAAGGACACCGUCAUGCGCGUGAAGGCGCACUUCAGCGCCGACAGCAAGGUGAAAGCUGCCGGGCGCGCGAAAGCGACGGCGGUGCCGGUGGAGGACCAGGAAGAGCUGCAGGAGACGAUUAUUACGGUGGAGGUGAUGCCGAUGGCGACGGAGGUCUUCAUCGACGGCGAGGCCAACGGCUUUUCGCUAGACUUCCAGACGGAGCAGAUGCCGGCGACGAACGUGAAGUUCAUGAACCAGCGCAACACCCUCCCCCCUUACACAAAGCUGUACAAGUGCUUCAAGAACGAGGGCAACGGUCUCUUUUUCCGCCUCGUCGAUGAGGAGAACAAGAAGUGGUACUACUACAACGACACGAAGGACUUCAUGAUGACCUCCACCGUGACCUUCCCGCGCACCGAGGACGUGGCGCCGGUCGGCAACACGCUGGAGGUGGAGGCCGAGGACGCGGGCAACGAUGUUGCCUACCAAAUCACCGUCGCCCCGGGCAACUGCGAGGAGUUCAUCGAGGGCAGCCCCGCUGCGUACCGCCAGGCCUUCAACGCCGACCCCAUCGACGAGAACUGCCUCGACCCGAAGGACGUGCAGUUUAAGCACAGCGAGCCGGACCGCAACGUGGUGGACCUCGACAACUGCAAGAUCUACAAGUGCUUCAAGGACAACGGCAACGGCCUGCUCUUCCGCAUCGUCGACCACCAGAACCAGAUGUGGGCCUUCUACAACGACACGACGGAGUACGUGAUGCGGCCGAAGGUGCGCUUCUUCGGCUCACCGAGCAUCGCCCUCGCGCCAGGGGCGGAGGUGGUGGAGUCGGAGGAAGAGGACGGCUCCUACGCCGUGACGAUUGAAGUGCCGCCGCUCGCGACGGUUCACUUCAUCGACGGCCUGCCCUCCAAGUACGAGGUGUCUGUGGUGGCCGACAGCGUGAACAAGACCGCGCCGGAGGAGAACCCGGAAUUCCAGACCGGCGAGCCAGACAAGAACCUCGUGAACUACGAUGAGGUGUACCAGUGCUUCAAGGACAAGCCCGAUGCCCGUCUUUUCCGCCUGGUGGACACGCAGCGCCACCGCUGGGGCUUCUUCAACGACACGGCUGACGUUGAGUUCACCGCGACGUUUUCGUUUGAUGCGGACGGCGCGGUGCUCCCGCUGGGCUCGACGUCGCAGGAAGGCGAUGAAUUUUCCGUCAACAUUCCACCGGGCUCCACGGAGGCCUUUGUCCAAGGCAGCGUCAAGGGCUUCAAGUCAAAGUUCACGGGCAAGCGCAGGGCUGCUGCCGCGGCUCAGGCGCAGUAA